AUGAUGUCUAGUCUCUGUGAAUCUGAAUCGUCGAAUGUGACAUGUUGUUUUUCGUUGAAUCAAACAGAAAAACAAGAGUUUCGAGCUAUUUGGAUUGCGACAGUUUUUAAUAUUGAUUGGCCAUCGUCAUCAAUGAUUUCUGUUACUCAACAACAAACUGAACUUCUUAAUAUUUUGAAUAUGAUGGAACGAUUGAAUAUGAAUGCAGUUAUUUUCCAGGUUCGACCAGCCGGAGAUGCCUUAUAUGCAUCGACUCUUGAGCCAUGGAGCAUCUAUUUAACUGGUGAUCAUGGCGUUCCACCAUCGCCUCUCUGGGACCCUCUAGCAUUUAUUGUUGAUGAGGCACACAAACGAAAUAUUGAAGUCCAUGCUUGGAUCAACCCAUAUCGUGCACGACUCAGUAGUGCAACAUACGAACUGGCAUCAAAUCAUAUGGCCAAACGAUUCGCUACUUAUGCCUACUCGUAUGCAAAUCAAAUCUGGAUGGAUCCAGGUUCUUCUGAAAUACAAGAUUUUAUCGGUGAAGUUGUUGAAGAUAUCAUUAAUCGAUACGCUGUAGAUGGUAUUCACAUGGAUGAUUAUUUCUAUCCAUACAGUGAUGGAACUGAAUUCCCCGAUCAUGCAACUUAUGCUCGCUUUCAAGAGCAAGGCGGAACAUUGAAUCUAAACGAUUGGCGACGUUCGAAUGUCAACAGUUUAGUUUAUUCAUUGAAUCGACGGAUUCAUACAAUUCGACCAAAAGUCAAAUUUGGUAUUUCACCAUUUGGGAUUUGGAAAAAUGGUUUUCCGCCGAGUAUUACUGGUCUUUCUUCUUAUGAUAGUCUUUUCUGCGAUAGUCGACUUUGGCUCCAAGAAGGUCUUGUCGAUUAUCUAACACCUCAACUCUACUGGCAAAUCGAUCCACCAGCACAAUCGUAUUCAGCCCUGCUCAAAUGGUGGAUUCAACAAACAUCUAGAGGUCGUCAUGUUUAUCCAGGCAAUGCAGUCUAUCGUUUAACGGGAACCACCAAUUGGUCGGUCACAGAAAUCGUUCGACAAAUCCAUUUGACUCGAUCAAUGAGUGAUCGCCUUGCUCUUGGCAAUAUCUUCUUUUCGGCCAAGCAAAUAAUGCAAAAUAUCCAAGGAAUUCAAGGUCAACUCGCGAUACUCUAUCAAGAAAAAGCAAUUACGCCGAUCAUGAGUUGGCUCUAA